CUUGGUGAUAGGAAGGAGUUCACGGUUCGUGUGAGUUCCGCUUUCCGAGUCUAUUUGGCCCAAACAGAAUUGGAAUUGCAGGUGUGGCUGUUGUGGACCACUCGUAGCACGGAUGAAUUGAUCGCAUUGGAUCGAUCCGAUCAGGAGCUUCGUUCGGAUCGUGUGAAAUUGGGUUGCGAACCACCAAGUCCUCGUCACGUUGGCUCCGCACGGAUUCCCCUUGCUCAUUUGUUGCACAAGCCUUCAGCAUUUACAGGUUCGGAUGAUACACUCGCAGCAACUAAUCCGCACGUGGAUGUUGGUUCCCACUCUCCAGCAGGCCCUUGUACAUCAGUUACUAUUCGAGGUGAUCCAUCUGGUUUGAGCUGGUGGCGGAAUCGCCGAUUCACAGCGGAGCAACGAACGCUCGGACCUUCGUACCCCGUGUUCCCUUUGUAUAGGGCGGAUGCGAAGGAUCUCUCACACACCUGGUUAGUCGCCCGAUUGGAAAUGCGUGGCUCCCGCACACAGAUGCGAACACACUCUCCCAUGCGUGGGGAUAUCAGAACUGAGGACAUUCUGACCGACCUCGAGGGUGUAGAAGGUCGCUUAGGAUGGAAUUUGUUCGAUCUAUCCGGAACCAAACCAGGGAUACUGGAUGCGGUCACUGCUGAGGUGGAUCAGGGCAGCAGUACGGAAGUGGAUAUUAGUGAACAAGAGGCGGCCGAACGGGACACAUUUCCGGCUGAAGUUGUGGUCGAACAGGCUUAUCAUUUGCGUGUGAGCAACAGCAGUUCGCAAGAAACGCGCCAGACAACUCAGUCGCCAUCCACUGCACUUGGAUCGCGAGAUACGACAGAUGACGGUUUCGUGUUUGUCACGUUUGCUGUGGACGGAGACAAAUCCGGCACGUUAAGCUCCCCCGACGGACUGUGGUCCCGAAUUGCGCGCAGUCAUUGCCACAGUCGUCAGAGCAGGGUGGCUGUGACACCGAAAAUGCGAAAUGCAGACGCAGUCAGUUGGAACUAUCAUCGCUUUGUCCGUCUUCCUUUGUGGUUGGUUCAGAAAUAUAAUCGUCGGACGAUGAUAUUUCACGUUUGGUAUCAACGUGGCCCAUCUGUGGCACCAAAUGGUUCGGAUAAAGUGAAUGAUUUGCCGGAUCGAGAACAGCCGGAACUGAUCGGUCUUGCCUCAGUCGAUCUCAGCUCGCUGGCUAGUCUGUUCAGUCCAACGGCUCCGGGCGGGUAUGCGACUAGCGGAGGUUUGGAUCAGGUCUACGGCUGGUAUCACGUGAUCGAUCGAUCCGGUUCGGAACGGGGCCAAGUUCUAUUGGGCGUAAAACCCCUGAUUCCGGGUUCACGGGAGGAGUGGACAACCAAACCGAUCGACAGGGGAAGUACG